AUGAACCGCUUUCGCAAGCACAAGAAGGAGAAGGAGAAGGAGAAGGUCAAGGAGGUCUUGGAGGAUGUGGACAAUGGACCAGCACAGACAACAACACCCGUCUUCAGUCUGAAGUCGAAGAAGAAGGAGUCCGAGCCGGAACCGGAGCUCGAUUUUUCCAUCGCUCUGCCCUCCACAGAUAACUUCCGGACCAGUUUACUUAUGCCGAAGCUUUCGGCUCGCUUCAGCAUGUUGAGAGAACAGGACGACCCGGAAUCAAAAUUGGGGAAAGCCAGCGACGACAGUGUGCUUUUCCCUAAACGCGCCUCCCGAUUGAACAUCUUCGGUCACAAUCCAAGUAUGCUCGCAGACAUCGACGAAGUCUCCUUGAAUGACGGUAGUCGACCUUCAUUGGCUUUGGGACGGACAGACUCCUACGCAUCUGGCGGCGAUGCAGGAUACGGCACCGAUGACGAUCGAUCACAAAACGGAAGCAUGAUGAGCAGAGCCCGCCGAGCAGAGGGCAACAAUUUGUUCGGAGGCCGGCAAAAGGUUUAUCGGAUCCCGGUGCGGUCCCCGGGAGGCACUUCGCCGGCGGCUGAGAGCCCACGGGGCAUGGGCAAAGUCGUGUACGAACAUGACUUGAAUAUGUCCGCUUUCCAACGCCUAAGGCUCAAGGAGAAGCACGAGCGAGCUGCCGCCGAGGAGGCAGCUCGGGAGAGCGCUGCACAUGAAUAUGAGGAUGCCAACUCGACUAUCUCUACGCAGCGUACCACCUAUUCCUCGACUGCAUCUGGACCUGCAACCGACCCGCGCACUUCGACCGCAGCUACUUCAAUCGACGAAAGUCAGUUCAGCGUAUCCCAACCUCAAGCUUCCAUCCCUGCUGCAGACCCCCAAGCAGACUUCCGAUCACCAUCUGCCAUGUCGACCCCAAAGACAGGUUCAAUCCGAUCCCAUCGGCUCUACGGUCAAGGUCUGACUCAGGCUGCUCAGAACCAGCAGUCCUCCACAUUGCAUCGCCUGGAGAGUUUGAGCCGUCAACGCUCUGGUACUCCGGAUCUUCAGCCCAUGAACCGUAAUUUCUCCCGGAGUGCCUCCAAUCUGCGUGAUCGGUUGCAGAGACUCAACAUUACCGAGCCGACUACAAUGUCUCGACCUACUAGCCCUCCUUUGUCGGAGCGCAUCUCGCCCACGGCUGCCGCGUUCGGGUCUGCACCUCCCUUGAGCCCACCUUCGAGCGAGACCGAGGAUGGUGCCUCGUUGCUAGCCGCAGCAUUGAACCCCGAAGACCACGGAAAGGCCACAGCCAUGGGUCUUUUUAAUAGACCUGCCACGGGCUUUGAUGAGCAAGCUUUCGCGCGCCGCCAGCUUCAGAUGCAACUGGGACGAGACACCCCUCCACUGCGUCGGCCUUCUUCUCCCCCGCGUCGCCCUCUGCCUCAGGAGCCAGUGGGCCGCCAGCGUGGUCUUUCGAAGUCUAGCUACCGCUCUCGGGCCGAGUCCGCUUCGUCUCAUUACAGCAGCGAUGCGCACCACGGCAUUGAUGACUCUCGAGCAUCCAGCGUGGAGGCAUCACCAGGACGCCCCGGAAUGACAACCUUCUAUGCCACUUCAACAGCUAGCGAAUCCGGAGAUGAAGGUGACGAUCGCCGUUCAUAUGAACUCUCAUCUGCCACGUCGCAGGCCACUGAAUACGGCCCCUGGCUUCAUCAUCCCAGCAUCGCGUCUAAGCCGCCGACCCCUACCGGAGACCACCUUGAGACUCUUCCCGAGGUGAGAUAUUCGGAUCUCGGUGACCUCAAGCCUAUCGAAGAGAAUGACGUCGUGGAUGAGCCUCACCCGUCAGACAAUGCUGGGGAUAUCACACCUGAGCGACCAGACUCACCAUUACUCCAUGGGCUGAGCGGGAUUCGAUCUCAUUUGCGUCAUCCCAGCGAUAAGUCCUCCAUCUACCGACCUCCAUCCCCAGGUCUGCCAGCGCAGGACCCCAAUGCAAACCGGCUUGGCAUCGAGGAGCCCAUCCCCGAGCAGUCGCGCAGACCUUCCGCUGCAGAACAUCUCCGUGAUGAGGAUAUGCCUUCGUCAGCUGAACAGCGGGAAGCAUCAAGCCGGGGUAGCGAGGAUUCAUCUGAAUCCACUUCCUUCCCCGGAAACGGCUCAGACCCCAAUGUCGCUUCAUGGAAAGAUGAGCUUGUCUACCACCAUCGUCGUGAUGGAAGCACUGAGACUCAGAAGGAGCGCGAAGAGUUCGCCAUUGAGCUGGCCGAGCGCCGCAGAAAGGUCCAGGAGAAGUUGCGCAGCGUGGCGGAAAGCGAGAGCCGGUCUAGCAGCCCUACCCCUGGCCGAUCGACAACUGAGAUCAAGCCUGGCAAUGCUUUCUCUCUUUUGAAGUACAAGGCUAGCAAGCAGGAGCUUCCCAAGCAGGACCAGAAGAACAACAUCUAUGGCUACAACAACUCCUCUACACCUGCUCUGCCGUCGGAUGACUUCCGGCGUGAGGAGGAACGUCCUUCCUUCAGCUUUGGCCUACACUCCAACUCCAGUUCCCCUCAUUUUUCUGAGCGACCCCUCCAACCUCGUAUGCCGACUCUCAGUCGUGGCAGUCGUGAUGCAUCGCGCGAGUCGAGUCACAGCCGCGAUACAUCUCCAGUCCAGAGAGACCGUUCCGGCUCUGGCGGCUCCGGCCGCUCGAAGAGCCGAACCAGGUAUCGCGACCGUGACGAUCUCGAAACCGUCGAAGAAGGUGCAGUCAUCGCACAUGAGAAUUUCGUCAUCCCCGACAACUUCGAGCCUCCAAUGCCUGCCUCGGUCCCUGGCUCUACUCGCCCUUCAAUUGAAGGCCAUGAGCCUGGCUAUUUCGACCGCUCUGCUUCUUCUGACUCGGGGAGAUACCGCAGUACCAGCCGAUCUGGUACCCCAAGCUUCCAGUACGAGCGUCCCUUCCAGUACCAGCAGUCUCACCAGCCCUCAAUGAUCGGUGUCUCCCCACGUCCUUCGCCUGUGGCUCCCCCGUACUCUGCAAAUGCUACUCCCCCAUUGAACGAGGACCAGUCACCCGCCACCUCGGUGGGAAGUAGUGCUAGCCUACCUCAACGGGCCCCAGGGCACAACAUGCUACAAAAGCGUUCUGUGAACAAGAAGCUUAUCUCCGAGCCGACGUUGGUCUCUUGCACAUCAAAUGUUCCUACCGUUGGACUGCCUGGAGGUGCCGGCUCCCCGCCAGUUCCACCCAUGAACCCUCGCCGACGACGUGGAACACAAACCAUUUUAAGUGCCUUCAAGCAUGAUUCCUCUCGUGUCUCAUCUCCUGCUCCCAGCAUCUCUGAUGAGGUCAGCGUCUUCCCCGACGACGAGACACGUCGUCCCCGCUCGAACUCCCACUCGAGAAAUCGCCUUCGCAAGACCUCGAGCGAGGGGGGCAGCUUGAACGCCCGUGCUCGUCAAGAAGCAAUGGCAGGCCCUGUCCCGGCCGUCCCAUCCUACCCUCCACCGGCCAUUCCUGCAGAGGGAGGAAUGUUCUAA